AUGGGCGACGGCUGCAUGCUGGAGAACUGCAAGGUGUCGCCGCAGACCGCUGAUGUCACCUUCAGCACCUUAAGCCCCGCCUCCGGCCUGCGGCGCAAACGUCUGCUGUGGCAGAAUGCUGUCAGGAACAUCAUCGACCAGCACAACCUGUACACGCUGAGGCUGGCCGGCGGCCUGGAGAGGGGGCGCCACUGCAUCACGGUGACCGACGCCUACAUCGCCGAGAUCAACAAGCAGAUUCGUAACAAAGCUUCUCGUGGAGCCUUUUGGCAGAAACGUCGUUCAUCUGCAGCUCGAGUUCAUCCGACGACACCGAAGAUCUCCAUGGCAACACGCAACAAGCACGACUCGCUGAGCGACGCCGACUUCUUUGUUUCCUGCGGCUCGACGGUGCGAGGCGUCUUCAUUCCCACAAUGCAACACACGUUCAAGUCUGCGGACCUGGAGCAGCUCUACCAGCAGUUCUCCUCGGCUCAGAGAAGAACCUCGCUGGUCGUCACCAACACCAUCGACCUGCUGAUCCGGCUUCUGGUGUCGCUGCUGACGUGGCCGCCGGGCUGGGGGGGCGUGGCCUGCGACUGGUUGGCCGGCCUGUCGGCGCUGCUGUGGGCGGGGACCUGCGUGCUGGCGCUGACACGGAGGGAAGUGAUGUCGUCGCCGCGGUGGCUGCGUUUCCUGGCGCUGAUCAGCUGGCUGUCGCAGACCGCCCAGGUGCUGGUGGGUGUGUUCACCUGGGCGGACAGCGACCAUUCCUGGUACGUCUUCUUCACGCUGUUCUCUACCUACACGCUCCUGCCGCUGCCACUCCUCUGGUCCAUCAUUGCCGGGGCAACCACCUCCACCCUGCAUCUGCUGGUGGAUGCCUGCUGUCGCUACGGCAACCACACCUUCAUCAAAAAGGUGUUGUCGAAGGCCUUGCUGUACCUGGCCAUGAACACUGCGGGUCUGUUCAUUCACUACCUGUCCGAUCGGACUCAGAGACAGGCUUUCCUGGAGACCAGACGCUGUAUUGAGGGACGAGUCCGACUGGAGAGGGAGAACCACCGACAGGAGCGUCUGGUGAUGUCCAUCCUUCCCCGCUUUCUGGUUCUGGAGAUGAUCGCCGACAUGGCCAUCAUGGACGAAUACCUGCUACCACAGCAGUUCCACAAGAUCUACAUCCACCACUACAAGGACGUCAGCAUCCUGUUUGCAGACAUCAUCGGCUUCACGUCGCUCUCGUUGGUUCUUUCGGCGCAGGAGCUCGUUAAAACUCUGAAUGAACUCUUCGGUCGCUUCGACAGGCUGGCUGAGGAGCACCAGUGUUUACGCAUUAAGAUCCUGGGUGACUGUUACUACUGUGUGUCGGGCGUCCCGGAGCCUCAGAGAGGACACGCUCGCUGCUGUGUGGAGAUGGGCCUCAGCAUGAUCAGCACCAUACGGUAUGUUCGUCGGGAACUGCAGCAGGAGGUGGACAUGCGGAUCGGCGUCCACUCGGGUUCAGUCCUUUGCGGCGUUUUGGGUCUUCAGAAGUGGCAGUUUGACAUCUGGAGUUGGGACGUCGACGUUGCCAACAGUUUGGAGGCUGCAGGAGUUCCUGGGCAGAUUCACAUCUCACAGGCCACUCUGGACUGUCUGGGCGGGAUCUACGAGGCGGAGGCGGGGCACGGCCAGGACCGAAACGAGUUCCUACGGAAACAUAAUAUCGACACCUACCUGAUCCGUCCAGCGUCGCGGGAGGACACGGAGCCUCCAAAAGCGAGACGUCCGAGCUAUGACGAGAUGACGACGUGGAGCGCUGAGCUGCCGUUCGGAGACAUUCUGGGCAUGAACUUUAUUCUCGCUACCUUCACCAAUGGCUCCCUGACGCAGCUGCCCAAUCAGAUCGCAGCUCAGCGGUCGGGGUCACGAGAAGUCAACAAGCGUAUUCGUCAGGCCAUGGAGGUUCGAAGCAGCGAGCGAAUGAGGAAGGAGCACAUCACGACCUUCACUCAAGUGUUCAAGGACUCCCACAUGGAGGGAAAGUACUCCCAGAUGAGAGACGAACUCUUCAAGUCCAACAUGGUUUGUUCCUUCAUCCUGCUGCUGCUGCUGAUGGCCGUCCAGGUGCUCAUCCCCGCCCCCAGGUAUCUUCCAAUGGCGGCUCAGUUCGUGGUCAGUGGUGGCGUUUACUUCCUGCUGCUGCUGCUGACUCUGGGGGAGGAGUUUAAGCAUUGCCCCGCCCCCCUACAGUCGCUUUGCUGCUGGAUUCAUGAAACUAAAAGCGCUCGAACGCUGCUGACGCUCACCGCCGUCACCGUCAACUUCGGCGUCGCCUCCGCCGACAUCGUGAGUCGCAUCACGUUCCAAUCACACACAACACAGUCUUUAGAAGAUGGAGGACCAGGUGUCGAAUCGCCGUCUCUGAUUGGUCGUGAGGUAAACGCUGUGAUGUCAUCGGCAGGUAUCGCUCACGGCGCCGUCAUCGCAGGUGUGGUCGGAGCCACCAAGCCUCAGUACGACAUCUGGGGGACGACGGUGAACAUGGCGAGCAGGAUGGAGAGCACCGGGGUCAGCGGCAAGAUCCAGGUCCCAGAGUCCACCAGCUGUGUUCUGGUUGAAAGAGGAUUUCUGAGACAGUUCAGAGGAAAGAUUUACAUCAAAGGCAUCAGCGAACGUCACGGUGAGGUCCACACGUUCUUCGUGUCCAAUCAGGAGGAACGCUCCAGCUUGAUUGAGCGCGGCAGUGGGCGGGGCUUCAGCCUCAACAGGAACACGCUGGGAGCUGUGGUCUACAGUCUGGUUCAGGCCCGCAAGAGGGAGAAGCUGAGGGAGGAGAACGGAGGGUUCCACCUGGUGGAGGCCUCCUAGAACACCUGGUCCAGGUGAGGGGGAGGAGCCUGUGGUCACCAUGGAGACACAGCAGCAACCACAGAGCAGUUGUUCUUCACUGUGGUUUCCACUGCAGCUCUGUGGAACCAGAACAACGCAGAAGAGAACUCAGAAAGGUCUUCUGUCAGCAGGAACGCCUCCACGGCUGUUUCAGUCACAGAUCCACAUGGUCCAGUCUGCAGCUGUUUCUUCAUGAAGCUCCAGAGUUCUAGUUUGUACUGAACCCGGUUCAAGGCUUCAUUUGUACCAGUUUAUACUGAUGGACGCAAACGUCACGGAUGAUGCCUUCAAGGACUGUCGGAAAGUUGACCAUGUGAUAAAUCCCUUAGUGAACGUGUCACCUUGGUGCUUUCAAAGCCCAUCUCAUGACGAUUAGAAGUUUAACCUGACUGUCCAGAAACACACUGAAGGAACCAGAUGGAUUCUCAGGGUUUUCUGGACGUUCUUCUGUGGUUUUCUGGAUGUUCUUCUGUGGUUUUCUGGACGUUCUUCUGUGGUUUUCUGGACGUUCUGUGGUUUUCUGGACGGUCUUCUGUGGACUUCAUGGUUUCUUCCCUGAUUCUUAACGUUGUGUUUCAUGUGUGACUCACAUCUGACUGAGUUGUGACUCGGAGCAGAAGAACGUGUUUCUGACUCAGAUGGAGGCGCUGACGGUGAAGAAGUUCUGCUUUUGUUCCGACGCUCUUUUAUUUUCCACUUUCAGCUCCUUCAGGCUGCAGCUCAACACAAACCGAGGAAACGUGAUUUUCACUCUGACUCGAGGUGCGAAGCAGCGAAACACGUCUCGUUGGAUUUUUCUGGCCUUCAGAUGGACGACGAGACGAAGAUGAAACCGGAACCAGAGAAGUUCUCCUGUUUCAUCUGUUUUAGUUCUUCUGUCGUCACUUCGUGUGUUUAAAGGAACAUUUGAUUCUUCCUGAUGGUGGAACCAGCAAACCGCAGGUUGCACCGUCCUGACUGGCCAGCAUGUGGCGCUGUUUCCGGAGCAGCAGUUUACCAGGCGGACUUUAAAUUUAGCGUCUGUAGGUUUGGAAUAUACCAAAAUUGUUCUGAAAACGUUUCAAGGAAACUGUAGAAGUUUUUAGGUCUGUAAAUACUAAAUUCUAUUUUAUACAAUUUCAAUUUUCAAAACAUGAAUGUAGAACAAUAAAAUGUCCCGACCUGUUCUUUAA